CAUCCGGUUCUCGUCUAUAUUUUUAUUGAUAAGCCAUAGAACGACUAUAAACUCCGAACCAUAAAACUGUAUUUUUUAGUUGACGAACAGUCCUCAGCUUAACAGCUUAACAAAUCACUACUCCUCAUAAUAAAUAUUAAUUUAAAAUGCACAUCACAAGGUUGCUAUUUUGUAUCUUUUUCGUUUGGCACAAUUACGAAUCUCUGGCCAAUUCUGCUGAAAAUCCUGUUCAGCAAUGUUAUGGUUUUUGUGAUCUAAUCUUGAAUCGCAAUGGCACAGAAGUACAAGAGUGGAAUGAGACCGAAACCAGGAUAAAGACCCUGCAGGAUCAAAUAAUUAAAAUCGAAAACCAACUGGCAAAAUCAAAACUCGAUACUGAAAAAUAUUUUCAAAUCGGCACAAGGUACUUUAGGAUAGAAUCCUUCCAUUAUAAUUGGUUCAGUGCAUCUGCAUCCUGUCGAGAAUCGGGAGGACAACUGGCGGUCAUCCACAAUGAAGAAGAACUAAACGCCCUUAACGCCAAGCUGGAUGAAAAGAGCAGAUACUGGCUGGACAUCAAUGACUUGGCCUAUGAAGGUCAAUUCGUUUCGUGGUCGUCCGGAAAGAGGGCUCCCUAUCUCAAGUGGUGGUACGAGGAACCCAAUAACGCCAAUGACGAUGAGGAUUGUGUGAUUCUCUGGAAAAAGGAAAUGUGGGAUGAGGAUUGCUCCACACCCAAUUACUCCAUAUGUCAAUCUGACGUUGAAGACCUCUAGAAUAUAUUCUUCUUUUGAUUAAAAUAAUAUGGAUAUU